AGAGAGAGAGAGCGAGAGAGCAGGAGAGAGAGAGAGAGAGAGAGAGCAAGAGAGAGAGGGAGAGAGAGGGAGAGAGAGAGAGAGACAGUGAGAGAGGGGAGAGCAUAUAAAGCCUGGCAGCUCUCUCACCAUCCUCCUUUGCUUCAUUUUCCUCUCCAUCUCCCGUUAAUCACUCAGGAGUGGGAGACGUGUGUCAGCCGGCGUUGGCAGAACUGAACCAGCAGCAGCGACGCCACAAAGAGGAGGGCAACGUUUUUGAAUGCUGCCUGUGUUCCACCAAGGGACGCGGAGAACAGGAGGCAGACACAACACGCGGCAGCAAGCGGGGACCAAAGAGAAAAAAAAGGAAUGCAAGAAUGAAUGGAAGUCCUUCUGUCGCAUGCUCUCUGGGAAUAGCAGUUGGACGCCUUGGAAGAGUCGGCAUGAGGAGCCAGUGCUGAGGAUGUGAAACAUCCACGGGACUCGGAUGCGACCAGUAGCACAGCAGCCCGGUGACGACAAAGUUGACCAGCUCCGACCUGCUCCGUUCGGCCGGCGAAACCCACCGGACAAAGACAGAAAAAGGAACAUUUUCCAAUUAUAGGAGGCUUACGGGAGUAACGGCGCCGGAGGUCGCCCUCAGAGGAUCCGUGUGCACUGUUGCCGGGGUAGAACCUGAGUCAGCCCCCGGAGCCCUCGCUUGUUAGGAGACUGGCAGAGAGACUGCUGAUCACAGUUGUGCCCUCCUGUCUGCCUGAGAUGGACAAGGCAGAAAAAAGGUGUAUCAAUGAAAUUAUUGGCUGACAUGUCAUGGAGGAUCCCGCCCCUUCACUGCUCAUCCAUUAUGCCGUUUGGCUUCCCCGGCAACGCUACACCAAUGGUGUCAUGAUCCAGUUCUAACUGUGGGUAAUGCCGAGCCACAUAACCAAUCCUGGAGAUGCCGAAAAGAAGAGAUAUUCUUGCCAUCGUGUUGAUUGUGUUACCCUGGACUCUGCUCAUCACCGUUUGGCACCAAAGUGCUAUCGCGCCACUCCUUGCCAUCCGCAAGGCCUGUCACCACCUAGUAAAAGAGAUCUAUAUCUUACCAGAGAGGCUUGCAGUCCAACGCCACCGACUCUCAGAUGAUGGCGGCGAGGGAAAGAAGGAGUCCGGUGGGCAGGCACAGGACUCCAAGGAGUACUGCGCGUCGGACAAGGACAUCAUUGAGGUGGUGAGGACGGAGUACGUGUACACGCGGCCCCCGCCCUGGUCCGACGUGCUGCCCACCAUCCACAUCAUCACGCCCACCUACAGCCGGCCGGUGCAGAAGGCGGAGCUGACGCGGCUGGCCAACACCUUCCUGCACGUGGCCAACCUCCACUGGAUCCUGGUGGAGGACUCCCAGCGGCGGACCCCCCUGGUCACGCGGCUGCUCAGAGACACGGGGCUCAACUACACCCACCUCAACGUGGAGACCCCCAGGAACUAUAAGCUACGGGGGGACACGCGGGACCCCCGGAUACCCCGGGGAACCAUGCAGAGGAACCUGGCCCUACGCUGGCUGAGGGAGACCUUCAACGCCAACAGCAGCCAGCCGGGCAUCGUCUACUUUGCGGACGACGACAAUACGUACAGCCUGGAGCUCUUCGAGGAGAUGAGAACGACACGGAAGGUCUCCGUUUGGCCCGUGGCGUUUGUGGGCGGCCUGCGCUACGAGUCACCCAAGGUCAACGCCGCGGGAAAGGUCUACGGCUGGAAGACCGUGUUCGACCCCCACCGACCCUUCGCCAUCGACAUGGCCGGCUUCGCCAUCAACCUCAGGCUGGUGCUCUUCAAGCCUCAGGCCUACUUCAAGCUCCGGGGAGUGAAGGGGGGCUACCAAGAGAGCAGCUUGCUCAGAGAACUCGUCACACUCAACGACCUGGAGCCUAAAGCAGCCAAUUGCACUAAGAUUCUCGUAUGGCACACGAGAACGGAGAAACCCGUCCUAGUUAACGAGGGCAAGAAAGGCUUCACAGACCCCAACGUUGAGAUUUGACUGCAGUUCCUCCGGACCACGGCAAAUAUGGUGGUCGACCCUGAAUGCUAAAAGGAGAUUAAUCAUGGGCCGUGGUCCAGUUGCAUUCACAUCUCAACUAUCUGACUAAAGGACGCUUUGGAGAGGCACUGCAAUUCCUCUUCACAAAACACUUGAUAAUCUUUGAGAUUAAAAAGAAAAAUGUAUUAUACUAAAGCACAUACAAGUUGAAUAUGGCAAACGUUCAUCAGGUCCACCUUUUUUUUGCCAUUGCACGCGUUGUCGCAGGUGAACCGACGAGAAGACUUUCCUGGGUGACUGGAAAACAUAGGGAAAUAAAAGUCCUAGCCUGCAUGGUACGGUAGCCCACUGAGGACAUAAUACAAGAGACAGCACAACAACAACGCAACGCAAUGAGCCAGCCGAUCCAACCCAUGGAGCUUGUGUGGAGCAGAGCCAAUGAAACAAAUGACCUCAGUGUGGUGAGAGAGCGAGGGCUCUAUGGGCCUGGAUCUGCGCACAGUGGGGCUCUGCCAAUAGGGUUUAACUGAUGGAAAGAGACACACCUGGAUGAAAGAGUACACCUGAAGUGAAAGUCCUAGAUGCAAAAUGUAGCCCACAUCGCCACUCGGGACAUAAAAACGACAACAAAGCUACAUGGACCUGAACAAUGGAUCUCAUUUGUUUUUAAUGGAUUUUACUUUUUAGCAAGCACAGGCAUAAAAGGGAAGGAAUGUCCUUUUUUUGUAUGAAAAGUUUGCUCUAACUUAAUUUUUUUGGGGUUGUUUACAUGCAUUUUACUUGCUGGUCACAAACUACUGACUCUUCGCCUAUGUUUGACUCUUUAUCAUUUUCUAUUUCGGUAUCGUCUAUGUCAUUAUUGCUCUUGCAUUUUAAGUCCGUCAAAAUGUUUGAAUUGGUUGCGGUGUAACAUAGAUCUUCUGUUCUUGGGAGCUACAGUAUAACCUACAUGUAUACAUUAAACACUGAGGUAAACAACUGCGAAUGCACCUACCAUCUCCCUUAGAGGCAACCUGUAAAUACCUAACUCAAAACGAACAAUCAGGAGGGAUUCAAGGCAAUGUUGUUUUCUGGGAUACAAUAUUAUAUAGCGCCAUUACUGUAUGUAUGUUAACUGAUUCAGUCUCCCUCGACGUCCUAGGAAUUAUUUCAUUACUGCACUUUCUUAUAACAUAGCACAGGCUCAUAUAGAUUUUAUCACAUGUCAAAAAGUGAAAGCGCGUCACAAAACUAAUUCCUUUGUAGGACUUUGGAAUGGAUAACAAAUACACAACAAGAGAGGCAUUCUUAAAUGCCGACCCAGUUCCCGUCAAGCCUCUGGGAGAAUACUGGUGUACAGUGGGUCAUCAACUGCAGAGUAUAAAUACUUUAUGCAACCCAGUCUGUGUACGGAAGCUGUUGACUAGAAUGGGGGCAGUAGGCCAUGAAAUGGAGAUAUACAUUCCAGGAAAGAGUAGUAUUAAAUAAAACCGUGAGUAUAACAGGUUGAUAUGAUUACAACCCGGCCCAAAAGUAUUUUUUUGCAAUUCAAACCACAAUAACGAAAAAGCACAACAAAGAGGGAAACAAUUGGAUUUUCUGCACAGGUCAAUUGAUUUAAAGCAUUAUAUUAGUUUGAGUCAGUUGUAAAUUUUUGGGUGAAAUAAAGUGAAAUUAUGUCAUAAAAAAUAAAAUGGGGCUACUGAGAGCAGCAGUCUGUAGAAUGUUGGGUAUCCAUAAUCCAACACUGGUUAUAUAUCCUAUAUUAGGGAGUUGUUCCACUUGAAAAACCCAUUGUACCAGUGCAGUACAAAGAAAUGGUUAUCUGAACAUUGCCUGCCACUAGUAUAGAGUAAAGCAGAUAUAGGUAGAUACCACGCCCGAAAGAGAAUGGACUUUAUUUUACCCCAGAGCCUCUGCAGUGUAGUCUCGCUUGGGAACUUGCCCCAGAACAAUUUUAAACCCAGAUAAAUCAUGGUAUGUUAUGCAGAGGUAAUAAAUACUAACCUGCUGGGGUUUAUCAAAUAAUGAAAGACAAAUGAUCAAACGAAUGGAUGAAUAGAUAGAUAUCACAUAUAUUUCAUGACCAUACUGAAGCGGUCUGCAUGAUAUGGGUUUAGGAAGAGAUAAGACAUCGGACACCUUGACCGAAUCUCCACCCCCAUGUAUACACUUAAAUGCCAACUCUUCUCUUAACUAUUUAUUUAAAAAUAUCCAUCUUAAUAUAUUUAUUUAUCUAUUUAUUCCAAGCAUGAAUGUGCAAUUGAAUUAUUAUUAGUAUUACAUGCUAUGCCCCGUCCUCCCCCCGUUCAUAAUUAAUACGAGUGAUUAAAAAUGGCACACCCAACUAAAAACCAGGGUAGUGACAGAGGUUAGAAUCGCUGGCGCGCUCCUUCUUCUAAGUGCUGUUGACAAUACAUAUAUUUUUGUUUAUCUGCAUUGUUUGGCAGGUCUCAGACAGCUGUUCACUUCAAUAAAUGAUGUCAUCUGAAAUACCUGAAGGACAGUGGGCGAUAAAUGGGGAGAGGUUUGGCAGUUAUUUAAUAGCUCUAAAUUCUAAUGGCCAUAUCACUCAAAAUAUAGUGUUGUAAAACAAGGAGGAAGGAUCAGAUGAUUUGUUAAAUGAUAUACUUUAAAUGGUUAUUCAGCCGUCCCUCAGGUCUUUAAUUUAACAAGUUUAUCUAUUCUGGCUCAUUUCAUGUGGUCUGGUACUAGCGCAGAACCUGUGUUCCCUGUUGUUGCGAUGUGAUAGGACAACUUUUGGGGCGUAUAACAGUCCAAUAGGAAAACAUGAUGUAAUGGGCCUAAGGAGACUAUGGAGAACCAAACAGCCACUGAAAUAAAAAUUUCGACCAAUCCACAGGCUCCACUUUCAGUGCACUAAACGACUACUGCAGCAGUGGUAAGGCUUACUGGGAGUUGAAGAGAACGGAAAUCUACAGUCUGAGUGGUGCAGACUUUGAAACAUUCAAUGUAAUUGACUGUUGUUGCCCUCUAAGGGCUUCUGUAGUGCACAGCACUCCUACCAGAGUUCAUCCUACCUAAUGUCAUUGCCAUCCUUGUUCCUUAUGUAAAUCACAGUUUUGCAUGUAACUCUCAAGUUUCAUUUGUCAUAGCGACCGUCUUAGAAAAAAAAAUACAAAUACAUGAUGAAGAUGAAUAAAGAGAUGCAAACUGGGAAACGAAACCUGGCAUCCGCCAUUGUCGUGA